UUGGGUUUUUUUUGUCCCCUAAGGCCUCCGUAAGUGAAAGAGGAGGGUAGAGUGGUGCCCUCUCGUCCUUCAACGUGGGCUGUGUGGGCGCUUACGGAUUUCCUUACCAUGUUGGGUCUCCACGUGGGCUCCGUCCUUGGCCGCCUCCUCAGACGAGCAACAGCGACAGACCCUUUCCGCGCCCAGGCACAUGUGUUUCAAGCUUGUUCGCCUUUUGCUACGGGACCCAGACAGGAAGUUGGCACUAUCUAUGAACUCCGUACUUAUGAUGUUAAGCCAGCAAAGGCAAAAGAAUUUCUUGAAUUGGUCAAUAAAUCUAUUAAGAUUCGUAUGGUUCACUCACAGAUGAUUGGAUUCUGGACAGCUGAAUUUGGGGCAAUGAAUAAAGCAUUUCAUAUUUGGAAAUACGAUAACUUUGCACACAGAGCAGCUGUAAGGAAAGCUGUAAUCAAUGAUAAAGAAUGGCAGGAAAAACUAGCUGCAAUUCUUCCACUUCUUGAUAAGCAGCACAUGGAAAUUGCUUACAUGGUCCCCUGGUGUGAGCUGGGAACCCCACCAAAAGAAGGAGUUUAUGAGUUAGUGACUUAUCAGCUGAAACCAGGUGGACCAGCUUUAUGGGGAAAUUCAUUCAAAGCAGCUAUUGAUGCGCAUGUUAGUAAAGGCUAUGCAAAACUGAUUGGCUUUUUCCACACAGAAUAUGGAUUUCUUAAUACAGUUCAUGUGCUUUGGUGGUUUGAGAAUCCAGAUAUCCGAGCAGCUGGGAGGCAUAUGGCCCAUGAAGAUGCCAGAGUGGUAGCAGCUGUUCGGGAAAAUAUUCAGUUCUUGGAAACCCAGCAAAACAUGCUCCUGAUUCCUGCAUCGUUUUCACCUUUGAAAUAGUUUUAUUCCAGUUGAACGACAUCACAUAAAAAAAAUAUUUUCUGCAAUCCUCAUCGGUUUCAGUAAAGGCAGAUUGAGGGUAGUUUUGAAUAUAAUUAUUUGUGGAAAGUCAUGUUAUCUUCUCAAAUACUGUCGAUACUUUUCUAAUCGUCUGCAUAAAAAUAGAUUCAAAUUAUAUGAGUAAACGAGGACUUAGUACAGAAUAUCUGUACUGAAAUGUUUAGACCGGAGAAUUAAAAAAUGGGAGAUAUGUCUAAAAUAAUAAUUUCAUUCUGGUGUUACACUCAUAUUUAAAUAUCUUAACUUAUAAAUAAAACUAAAAACUAAUUAUAAAAUAUAAUAACCUAAAAAAUGAAAAGUUGAUGUCACAAUAUGUUAUUUAAUCAGGAAAGUCUCAUGAUUAAUGUAUAGAUUGCAGUGAGAUCAAGAGAAUGACGUUUCACUUAUUACAGCUGAAAUGUAUUUAUUCUUAAAUGUUUGGUAAUGGAUCUGAACUUUUUAGGGUGUUCAUCAUUGCAUUAUGAUUGAGAUUGUUAAAUGCAAAAUUAAAUAGAUUUUCUGGAUUGUGUGUAUGCAAUUCUAUCAUUUCCUGUCCUGUCCCUUGGCAAUUCCACUCAUUCUGUUUAUGUUACGUAUCACUGCAGGCUUCUUAAAUGGCAGAUUGUAGAUUCCAUAUCCUAUCCUUUAAAAUUCUAAAGGGUAUGAUGUUCUUCAAUCUAAAAAAAGCAUGAACACACUGCAGAAUUUUGAAAUAUUGUAUGUUUUCACAGAUUACAUAAAAUAUUUUACAUUCAUUUUUUAAAAGUUUCAUACAUCCCAGAACUAAUUCUAAUUCUUAUAUCUUUGGUUGAAAAUUGAACUUGACUUGAUUCUUCCAGUCAUCUUUACUACCGUGUGUACUUUUGUGAGAAUAAACAUGCUUGGCACUUUUGUCUAAGUUGAUAUGUCAGUCUAGACUACACACCUGCUUUACAUAUUAGAAAUAACACUCCAUAAACUUGAGAAAGGGCUACAACUGAAGCCGCUUUAUUUUCAUUCAUCUUCCUCUUAAUGUUUUAAUUCAAUCAGCCUUUGAUUCUGCAGUUCGAUAAAUUUGAAAAGAUAAAGCGAAGGCAUGCGAGAAUCAUGACUUUUAAUUCUGCAUCUGAUGUGCUCCUGGUUCUGUUCAGAUGAGUUGGACAAUUCCAAUUCCUCCAAAUUUGAAGUCCACCACAUCUGAAGAGCAUCCAGUACGAGAAGGCUGCCAGACCUAAAUAAAGCAUGUCACUGUUUGAAGCCAUUUGUUUCAUUUUGCCUUAGCCUGAAUGUGUAAACACAAGGUGAUUUGCUAUGUGCUGCUGUGUAGGUGAGCCAAAAUAAAGAUAAGUACUUAAAUGUGGA